CACCUCAGCCGCCUCAGGCCCGGCCGCCAUGGAGCGGCAGCGGGCUUUCCUGGCUCAGAAGCGGGCCAAGGCGGCCUCCUUGUCCGGCCUCCUCGAGCUCUACGCGGCCCGGCCGGGCGUGCGGACCCUCCGCGCCGAGCGCAUCGUCAUUGUCGAGCUCCGCGAGGGGGAAGCGGCCUACGGAGGCGGCGGCGGGGCGGCGGAGCUGAGAGCCGAACAGGUCUUGGUUUUCGAACCCGAACCGGGCCGCGUUCGUCGCCUCAGGAAGCGAUACGAGCCGGUGAGAAGCGAUUCGGGGAGAGAGGGCGGAAGGAGGCUUCGCUGGCGCCAUUGCGCAGGCGCGGGGGGAGGAGGCGCGUCCACCCAAUGAAAGGGGCCGCGGGAAGCGUCGGCGGGCUCCCAUUGGACGGCUCGCUGCGGCCGCCGCCAAUCCUGCGCCGCGACUCCGUCAGCAGCAACUCCUCCCUCCCCUCCGACCAAUAGCAGCGCGCGGAUUCGGCCCAGCCCCUUCCCCAGCCAAUCCGCGCCCUUUCCUGCGCCGGUCUCCCUAGCAACGCGGCCUACGCCAGCCAAUCGCGACGCGCGUCCUCUCCCGCCUCCCCUCCCCUCCGACCAAUAGCAGCGCGCGGAAUUUCCCGCCCGCAGCGGGGAUUCGGGCGAGAGAGGGCGGAAGGAGGCUUCGCUCGGCCCGCUGCGCAUGCCAGCCAAUGAAAGGGGCCGCGGGAAGCGUCGGGGGCCUCCCAGUGGACGGCUCGCUGCGGCCGCCGCCAAUCCUGCGCCGCGACGACCAAUAGCAGCGCGCGGAUUCGGCCCAGCCCUUCCCCAGCCAACCCCCAGUCGCCCUAGCAGCGCGGCCUACUCAGUAGCAAGGCCCGCCUGGGAUACGCCUCCCCUCCCUCCGACCAAUAGCAGCGGAGAAGAGGGGCGAGGUGCUGCAUGUGCAAAGGGCGGAGCAGCAUAGGGAAGAAGGGCGAAGGGGAGGGAGGGUGGGCAGUGCGCAUGUGUGAAGGGCAGAGGGAUGAGGGCGCAUGCGCGAAGGGGCAAAGGGCGGGUUGAGUUGGGCAGUGCGCAUAUGCGGAGGGAGGAGCUGCGUGAGGAAGGAGGCGUCGGGUCGCGCACUGCGCAUGCGCGAAGGGCAAAGGGGUGGUUUCAGUUUACGACUGCGCAGGCGCAAGAGGCAUGGGAUGCUUCGGGUUCCCCCCUGCGCAUGCGCGAAGGGCAGCGGGACGCUUCAGGUUCCCAACUGCGCAUGUCCGAAGGGCGGCGGGAUGGCCGCUGCGUAUGCGCAAAAUACAACCGGCGCAUGCGCGAAGGGCAGGCGGCGGCUUCAGAGGAUGAGCUGCGCAUGUGCGAAGAGCAAAGGGGAGGCUCGGCUCGGCCAUUGCGCAUGCGCAAAGGGCAGAGGGACGAAGUGCGCAUGCGCAAAGGGCGGGUUCGGUUUGCCACUGCGCAUGCACGGAGGGCAAAGGGGUGGUUUCAGUGUACGACUGCGCAGGCGCAAGAGGCAUGGGGAUGCUUCGGGUUCCCCCCUGCGCAUGCGCGAAGGGCAGCGGGAUGGCUGCUGCGUAUGCGCAGAACGCAGAGGGAUGCUUCGGAGGACGAGCUGCGCAUGCGCGAAGGGCAGAGGAUGAGCUGCGCAUGCGCGAAGAGCAAUGGGGAGGCUCGGCUCGGCCGUUGCGCAUGCGCAAAGGGCAGAGGGACGAAGUGCGCAUGCGCAGUGGGAAACCGAACCCGCCCUUUGCGCAUGCGCGCUUUGAAGGGAAUAGGGCCGCUUUGGAAAACUGCGCAUGUCCGAAGGGGAAAUGGGCUUGCUGUGCAUGCGCGAAGGACAAGGGGUGCUUUCCGUUGGCCACUGCGCAUGCGUGAAGGGCGGAGGGACGAAGUGCGCAUGCGCAAAGGGCGGGUUUGGUUUGCCGCUGCGAAUGCGCGAAGGGCGGAGGGGAGGGUUGGGCUUCCCACUGUGCAUGCGCUUUGGAAAACCGCGCCUGUCCGAAGGGGAAAUGGGCUUGCUGCGCAUGCGCGAAGGACAAGGGGGUGCUUUCAGUUGGCCACUGCGCAUGCGUGAAAGGCGGAAUGACGAGCUGCGCAUGGGCGACGGGAGGGUCGGUUUGCCCGCUGCGCAUGCGCGAAGGGCAGAGGGAGGUUGCGGAGGAGCUGCGCAUGUCCAAAGGGGAAAGGGGAGGGCCGCGUUGGCCGCUGCGCAUGCGCAAAGGGCCGAGUUGGCAGCCGCUCAUGCGCCGUGCUUCCCCACAGAAACCGAUGGACGCCUCAAGCCGCCAAUCGAACGGGGAAGAGGAAGCGCCGGGCGCCGCACGGCGCAUGCGCGAAGGGCCGCCUCCCGCGCCGGAGAACUCUCUGCGCAUGUCCGAAGGGCAAAGACGUCCGCUGCCCAUGCGCGGAUCGCCGCCACACAACCCUAUGGACGCCUCAAGCCGCCAAUCGAACGGGGAAGACGACGCACCGGGCGCCGCGCGGCGCAUGUGCACGGCGCCCGCUUCGG